GUUGACCUCAGUAAGAACCAAAGGCCUCGGGUUAGGGUUGUAAUUUUAGGAGAGUUGUGUGUUACCGAAGUAAGAGCGCUCAGCCUUCCCAAAGCACAUCGAUGUCAGAUUUACCCUCAGCAAUCUCUACAUUGCUUAUUUUAUAGCCUGGUGAAAAGAAAACAUCUGGCUAAAAUUCACGGCGCCAUUAAACAUCAGCUUGGAAAGGUGCGCAUUUUUAUGUGACCAGUCAUCCUUCAUCUGCUGGGGAAACUGUUCAGCGCCACGGCAACAACAGAUCUGCUGAAUUUGUCCUUGCCCAGUGAAUCCCUCCUCUUGGUAACAUAGAGAAAGGAUCAUCAUGCCGACUGUGGUGGUGAUGGAUGUGUCGCUCUCCAUGACCCGGCCUGUUUCUGUGGAGGGCUCUGAAGAAUAUCAACGGAAACAUCUGGCUGUCCAUGGAUUGACCAUGUUGUUUGAGCACAUGGCCACCAAUUACAAACUUGAGUUUACAGCCUUGGUGGUCUUCUCAUCGCUUUGGGAACUGAUGGUUCCCUUUACAAGAGAUUACAACACGCUUCAGGAAGCCCUAAGUAACAUGGAUGAUUAUGACAAAACGUGCUUAGAAUCGGCACUGGUUGGGGUUUGUAAUGUUGUGCAACAGGAAUGGGGUGCUGCGAUUCCCUGCCAGGUUGUUCUAGUAACUGACGGCUGUUUAGGGAUUGGCAGAGGCUCUCUGCGGCACUCCUUAGCUACUUGCAACCAACGAAAUGAAAGCAGCCGAUUUCCACUGCCUUUCCCCUUCCCGUCCAAGUUAUACAUCAUGUGCAUGGCUAAUCUAGACGAGCUCCAGAGCUCAGAUUCUUUAGAUUGUCUGGAAAGACUUGUAGAUUUAAAUAACGGGGAAGGACAGAUUUUUACCAUCGAUGGACCCCUUUGCUUGAAGAAUGUACAGUCCAUGUUUGGAAAACUAAUAGACCUGGCUUAUACACCAUUCCAUGCUGUUCUCAAAUGUGGUCACUUAACAUCUGAUGUGCAAGUAUUUCCCAGACCAGAACCUUUCAUUAUAGAUGAGGAAAUAGAUCCCAUCCCUAAAGCAAUUAAUACAGAUCUAGAAAUAGUUGGUUUUAUAGAUAUAGCUGAUAUUUCUAGCCCUCCUGUAUUAUCUAGACACUUGGUACUGCCCAUUGCACUCAACAAAGAAGGUGAUGAGGUGGGUCCGGGGAUCACUGAUGACACUGAGGAUGAGAAUUCAGCUAAUCAGAUUGCUGGCAAAAUACCCAACUUCUGUGUACUGCUGCAUGGGAGCCUGAAAGUGGAAGGCAUGGUGGCCAUUGUUCAGUUAGGGCCUGAAUGGCAUGGAAUGUUGUACUCUCAAGCUGAUAGUAAGAAGAAAUCAAACCUCAUGAUGUCUCUCUUUGAACCUGGUCCUGAGCCCCUGCCUUGGCUAGGGAAAAUGGCACAACUUGGGCCUAUUUCAGAUGCUAAAGAAAAUCCUUAUGGUGAAGAUGACAAUAAAAGUCCUUUCCCCUUACAGCCCAAAAACAAGCGCAGUUAUGCGCAGAAUGUCACUGUGUGGAUCAAACCAAGCGGCCUCCAGACAGAUGUACAGAAGAUCUUGAGAAAUGCAAGAAAACUCCCUGAAAAAACUCAGACAUUCUACAAAGAACUCAACCGUUUACGCAAGGCAGCUUUGGCUUUUGGGUUUUUGGACCUUUUGAAAGGAGUGGCGGAUAUGCUGGAAAGGGAGUGUACGUUGCUGCCUGAUACAGCUCAUCCCGAUGCAGCAUUUCAGCUUACUCAUGCUGCUCAGCAACUCAAAGCAGCAAGUAAUGGGACCUCUGAAUAUGCCGCCUAUGACCAUAACAUCACUCCACUGCAGACAGACUUCUCCAGUAGCAGCACUGAAAGAAUAUGAGAUGCACUUUUUAGAACCUUCUCUACAUUACUUUUAAGUCUCAAGUGGUCCAAAUUUUCUUGUCAUAUUUGUUUUCUAGGACUGACUCAGAUAUUGUUUGAAGAACUUUAUCAAUGCAAACCGGUGCUCUAAAACAAUCUAGUUUCUUAAUCUGGGAUUAAUUCGUAUAGCUCUUAGUGGAUUUAGAGUUUUACCUGGAAAUUGUAUUUUUAAAUGCCUCAUGAAAUCUCACAACAAGAAUGGAGGUUAUAUAGUAUGAUUAUUAAGGUGUGUGAGAGGAGAGAGGAAAAUGCUGGCAUAUGCAAUGGACUGGUGCCAGUGGCUUAGAACUGUCCCUCUCCCCCACUCCCGAGAACCAGUCAUCAGGUAACCCCACACAUAACCCGUAACUAUUAGAUUGGUGCACAAAAGCACUGUGUAAAACUUUUCUCAAGAGAAAGGCAGGUGUUAUCUAUUAGGGCCUGGCUUUCAAAAAUGUCAGCUAUGCAGCUGCAUGCCCUUGACUUCCCUGUCAAAGACUGGGCGUAUGAAUACUGCAUGUGGUUAGAUGUAUAGUUGGCAAUUUUUGGAUGCUGUCAGUAAUUGCAUUCCUGACUUUAAAGAUUUAAGCCCUGCCUUUCAAAAUGUAAAUAAGUUACUGAAUUUUCAGGUAUCUCAUUUGCCUCAAGACAUUCAUAUUUGAGAUAGUAACUUACAUUCUAGCAAGAGAAAAGUUCAUUUUUUAACAAAAUUGUAAGCUAUCACAUUAACAAAUAAAGAGUAACUUUUUA